UCGAGCGGAAAGUCCCCACAGUAGAGGUCGGAGCUCCACCGAGGCAGACGUGUUCGCCAAUUCUCCCAAAUAUUUUUCUUAAAAAAACUAAAGAAAUCCAUAAGAAGCAAAGAAGAAGCGAGGCAUCAUGAAGGCUAAAGUCCUGCUGUUGCUUGCCGUGUUCCUGCUUGCCACGGGCUUCGGAAACUGCGAGGCCAAGGAGGAGGAGAAGCCAGCCGACCCCCUCGAUGCUGAAAUAACAGACACCGCGGAGAACGAAGCCAAGCCGACCCUCGAGCUCAUCGACUUUGUCCCCUUCUCUCCGAAGAAAAACAAGGAACGUUGGUUCAACAUAGUCAUCACUAUCGGAAAUAAUCGUCCAGGAGAUAGCACCUUUUUCUUCCCCGAAAACCCGGAGUUCGAGCCCGCCAGCAGCCCGCGCGAAACAGCCAAGGGCAACAACGACUGGGUGAACAACACGGUUCUGUACGUCACCAUCGGCAUCGCCAUUGCUCUCUUCCUGACGAUAGUCGCCCUCCUCCUGACCCUCAAGUACUACCAGAAACACAACCGGAACGCCGCCGCCAGCAAGUCCUCAUCCCAAGCAGGUGCCUCCUCAAAACCCCCCUCAUCCAACAUCAGGGGGCGUAUCUAUCCCUGCCGCAUAAGCCAGGCCAACAUCAAGCUCAUUGCCAGGCUCAUGAACGAGAAGAAGUCUGACGAUCUUGACAGGCUCGUCUAGGACUCAUCUGAGACAACGCCAGUGUGGUAAUGAUGAUUUUCUGACCAAAUCAUCAGUGGAGUAACUAUUCCCUUUGUAUUAGACUGCCUAGGGUUCAUAGAGGGCAAAGCUCAUUUCCUUGUAGUUAUUUAGCUAAAAGAGAUACCAAUGGACGCAGAACCAAUGUAAUAACCAUUUCCUUUUUACUAGAUUGCUUAGUCAGAAUGAGUGCAACACCUGAUUCCUUGCAAAGUCUUUGUACUGCUUUAUAAUGAAGAACAGACACAACUUCCAUAAGACAACUUCUGGAAGGAAACUUUCUUACAAUGAUUUUGGUCUGUAAUUGAUUUGAAUAAAGGCAGAAUACA